AUGUAUCUAUGCCUGCUUGAAAUGCGGGAUGUCAAUUAUUCUACUCCACCGGAAAGCCGAGAGUCUCCUACAAAUGCAUCCAUUCUGCUGACAAGCAUCCAAAUCUUUCCCUCUAUUUCACCGGUGUUACCAAUGGCUAUCGUUAAGGCUUUCGAACUUCGUAACAAGAACAAGGCUGAGCUCGUCAAGAUCCUUGACGAACAAAAGCAACAACUUGCUAACAUCCGCGUCCAAAAGGUCGCUGGUGGUAGAUCUCAAGAAAUUGGUGAGGCUCGCAAGAACGUUGCCCGUGUCUUGACCGUCAUCAACCAAACCCAACGUGAACAACUUCGUCUUUUCUACCAAAAGAAGCGUUUCACUCCUCUUGAUCUCCGUGUCAAGAAGACUCGUGCUAUGCGCAGAGCUUUGACUCCUUUCGAAAAGUCAAAGAAGACUGUUCGUGAGCAAAAGAAGUUGGCUCAUUUCCCUCUUCGCAAGUAUGCUGUCAAGGCUUAG